AUGCGUCCCCAAAACAUUAGGAUCAGAACAGUCCAGCUGGGCCAUGAGCAACACCAGCAGCGACCCCUCGAAGACUGUUUAAUAGGACAGCGAAACCUUCAUGCUAUACAAUCAGCUCUGAUUCGCGGCGAUGAAGAGGUCGUCCUUUUUAAUUGGAAUUCGAUUCCACCACAACUGUGGCAGGACCUUCAUCUGAGUCAACAUCACAUAGGCCAAAAGGCAGUAUACCCUUUCACAGCUUUUGCACCGCGCGACGCACCCUGCGAUCCUCGUGGCAACCUUUCACAAGACGCCCGAAACAGUAUAGAAAACAAACGUUGGAGUGGCCUGAAAUUCAAGUUUGUCAAGGUGCUUGCCGAGGGUGGUCAUGGAUACGCCACACUAUGGGACGUCGUUUUCGAAGACACGUCUGUCAGGAGGGUUGUGAUUAAGAGAGCUAUAAACCCUUCGACCAAUGCCUUCGAUCCUCAAGCAGAAGCCAUGUUUCACUUGCGGUAUGACGGUGCCCAGCACACGACACAAGUUAUCGACUUACAUCGCGAGGUAGUGGCUAUACGCACUGACAUGUUGAACCGUGGCACACUUACUCACAGUGCCUUCAGAAAUGGAAAAGAGUGGAAGGCCGAAAAACAGAAUUGCGUUGUCUUUGAGUAUAUGAAAUUCGGUGACAUGGUCAAUAUCAUGCAAACGGUCACUACGAGAAAGGUUCAAAUCCCAGCUCAAGUUCUAUGGGGAAUUUGGGAAUGCCUUUUGAAACGUGGUGGAAAGACGUAG